UCUCUCUCUCUCUCUCUCUCUCUCUCUCACAAUGGCGUCCGAGUCAGAGUCUCCCUCCAAUAACCCGGGCCUCGACAUCAGCCCCGACGAUGACACCAAAGGAUACUACAUGCAGCAGACGAUGUUUCGAAUUAAAGAUCCCAAAGCUAGCCUUGAUUUCUACUCUCGUGUACUCGGCAUGACGCUACUUAAGAGGUUGGACGUACCGCAGUACAAGUUCAGUGUGUACUUAAUGGGAUAUGGGAAUCCUGCAUUGGCUCCAAAUGAUCCAGUACAACGAUUGGUCUGGACCUUGAGACAGAAGGCCAUAGUUGAGCUUAAACAUACUUGGGGCACAGAAAAUGAUCCUGACUUCAAAGGCUACCACAAUGGGAAUUCAGAGCCUUUUGGCUUCGGACAUAUAGGGAUUGCGGUCGAUGACUCACACAAGGCGUGUGAGCGAUUUGAACAUUUAGGAGUGGAGUUUGUGGGAAAGCCUGAUGAAGGAAAAUCAAGUGGACUGGCAUUCAUAAAGGAUCCUGAUGGUUAUUGGGUCGAAAUUAUUGAUGUUAGAAGAGUGGCAGAAACAACCGCGGCAAAGAUCAAAGAAUCCAAUGAAGACCUAAAUAGAGUUGGAUAGAGAUGGUGAGAAGGAAUCUGAAGAUUGUUCACUAACCAGGUGCAUUUGAUUUGAGCUAAGAAGAAUGUUUUUUCUCAAGUGUUGAUUUGAAGAUUAUAUGGUUUUCUUCAUUUGUAUUAGUAAAGAAACGGAUUGUGGUGUUGAUAAGACUCUUUAUUACGUUUAUUUGGUCAGUGUGACUUUGCUACUUCAUGAAUGUUUUUAUGGACUUUCACAUUUUGAAGCAGAGACAUUGGUUCCUUGGAA